CCGACCGGGGAGAGAAGCCGCCGCUAGGUCGCUCUCCCGCGGGAAACAGCCGUUGUUUGGACUUCGUCCCGGGUUGGGACUGGGCUGCGAGGCUUCCCCCCUCGGCAGCUCGUUGCUAACUAGCUGGCGGAUUCGGAGGUGGCGUGUGUGGGUAAAGUUAGCCGCGCUAGCAGAGCUGACAUGGCGAGCUGUGAUGGCGACGUGACUCAGUGGAGCUGGGAGCGUAACGUUAGCGGGAACGGACGGUGCUCCGGUCCAUUCCGAUCUGCGGCUUCUCGCCAUCCCUUCUUCGACAUUUCACCUCCAGGCGGCUGCAACCGCUGACUCCGUUCAGAAGAAGUAGGGGAGUUUGUGUUUGUACAAGAUAUUUGAUGUGAUCCGGACAGGGAGGGGGCUGCACCGAGCCACAGAGGAAUGCCCGUGCUAACACAAUGAUCCCAAGUCCUCCGAGCUGGACUCCCUCAAAUAGCCGAGAAAGAUGAAGGCAGCAGACGAGCCUGCCUACUUGACCGUGGGGACGGACGUCAGCGCCAAGUACAGGGGAGCCUUCUGUGAGGCAAAGAUCAAGACUGUGAAGCGCAUGGUGAAGGUUAAGGUGACUGUAAAAGGUGAAAGUACAUCCCAGGUGGUCCAGGAUGACCAGGUCAAGGGCCCUCUGAGGGUCGGCUGCACUGUGGAGGUGAAAACCAACGAGGGCUUAUCCAGUGAGGCCGUGAUCAGUAAGCUGACAGAUGCCAGCCUCUACACUGUGGUGUUUGAUGAUGGGGAUGAGAAGACUCUCCGCCGUACGUCCCUGUGUCUGAAGGGAGAGAGACAUUUUGCAGAGAGUGAGACAUUGGACCAGCUACCGCUGACGAACCCAGAGCAUUUUGGAACUCCUGUCAUUGGCAAGAAGUCAAACCGUGGUGGACGCCGUUCGUCCCAGGCUGUUGCUGAUGAGGAGAACGAAUCUUCGUCCAGUGAGGAUGAGGAGGAUGACAGGAGGAGGCUGAAUGAUGAGCUGCUGGGGAAGGUCUGCAGCAUCGAGAGCGAAGAGGAGCCCAACAACUGGUACCUGGCUCUGGUGGUGUCCCCAAGCUGUAACGAUGAGUUGAUGGUAAAGAAGGAUCAGUGUCUCGUCAGAUCAUUUGGCGAUGCCAAGUUCUACACGGUGGUGAGGCGACAUGUCCACGCCGUCAACGCCAUCAGCGUCACUAAGUUAGAGUUCUCAAGGAGGAAGGGUUUUGAAUCAGCCCAGAUGUUUCUGAAGAACAGGGAGGUUCCAGAUGUGUGGAAGAUGGACAUGAGUCAGAUCCUGGACUCGUCCUCCAGUGAUGAGGAUGACAAAGAAAAGGAAAGUGAAGAGGAAGAGGAGGAAGAUGAAGAUGAGAAGAAAAAGAAGAAACACAUAAAGGAAGAGCCAGAGGAGGAAGCUGACCCAGAAGAGAGAGACAAUUUCUUGCAGCAGCUCUACAAAUUCAUGGAGGACAGAGGGACUCCCAUCAACAAGCCACCGGUGUUGGGCUACAAAGACCUGAACCUAUUCAAGCUCUUCAGACUGGUUUACCAACUGGGAGGCUGCCACAAGAUUGAGUCUGGCACGGUGUGGAAGCAGGUCUACAUGGAUCUUGGGAUCCCGGUUCUGAACUCUGCUGCAUCGUACAAUGUUAAGACGGCCUACAAAAAGUACCUGUAUGGGUUCGAGGAAUACUGCCGAUCUGCUGCAGUCACCUUUAGGACCAUCCAUCAUAACAACCCCCGCCCUCCUGCUCCACCAGCCAAUCAGAGGACAGCAGGGGUAGAGCUUAAAGAAUUCUCACAGGUGAAUGUGGAGCCUGUGGCUGCGAAGAGGGACGAGUCGGCGAGUGAAAGCGAGAAGGAGGAGGCGAUGGAGAGACAAUCAUCACCAAGGGGGAGGAGAAGAUGUGUGGAGAGUCAGUUGAAAGCUGACAGUGAAUCCUCCCGAGCAGACAAACGAGGGGGAGGCAGUGAGAACAGUGAGGAGCAGAGGGAUGUGAGGAGACGCAGCAACAGACGAAUGGAUGACUCUGAGAGAGGCUCAGAAGAGGAGGAGGAUGAGGAUGAGGAGGACGAUGACGAAGAGGUGGAAAGGAUGAGAGGAGACAGGAGUGAGGGGGGGGAGGAGGAGGAGGAUGGAGACUCUGUGACAGGGACGAAGGUCAGGGUGAAGUAUGGCCGAGGAAAGACUCAGAAGAUCUACGAGGCUCACAUCAAGAAGACAGACAUGGACAAUGGAGAACAGUUCUAUCUGGUUCACUACUACGGCUGGAACGUUCGGUACGACGAGUGGGUGAAAGCCGACCGGAUCAUCUGGCCUGUGGAGAAAGGUUCCAAGAAGAGACAAAGAAGGAAGUUAAAGCAGAACAAGGACGAGGCAGAAAAGGGUGAUAGGGAUGAAGAAAAGCAGGCGGCCAAGCUGCCGGGAGCCAAGCGCGGCAGACCUCACAUCAGAACCCCCCCCACCAGCUCAGCAGGACGUAGCGUCUCCAAGACCCCAAGCAGCGAGGGCCGAUCCAAUGGCAGGGGCAGCAGGACGGAGGUGGCGUCCAGCAUGUCCAACGGAGACAACACUCCCAGGAGAACCAGGAGAGGGUCCAGCAUGUACGACUCAGACAGAGCCUCCAACGGGGAUUCUGGGAGCUCGUCAGACAGCAGCGACUCAGAGGAUGCGCAUGAUAAAAAGCCUUCUCCGUUACAUGGGAGUCCUUUACCCCUACCCUCUCAGGAGGAGGAGGAGGUAAACGAUGAAGAGACAAGCGAGGUCAUCGAUGACACUGAGGAUAAAAGUGAUGUCACUGGCACCACAGCAACAGCAGCUCAGCCAAAUGCCCCCAUUUUAUCAUGUCCCAGCACACCUGAGAAGGUCAUGAGCCAGUCAGAGGAGGUGGAGAGUGAAACGGCGGAGGAGCCUGAGGAGGAAGAUGUCACAUUGCCAGUUCACCUGGACACAGAGAUGAAAAAAGCAUCUGGACAGGAAGAGCUAGUCAGGGCAUCUCCUGGCAGGACAUCUCCUCCUCCUGACAAGCAGCAGCACUUGACGUCGCCCCUGCCCACUGCAGAGGAGGAGCUGUCCACACCUCUCUCUCCCCCCCGGGUCAAAGGUUGCAAGACUAACCUCAAAGAGACUGGCUCUGAAACCCCUCCCAGAGCUCCCAACAGUCCCUCCCCCUCGGCUGCACUGGCAUCUCCUCCUCACAGUGUAGUCAAGAGACCAGAUGAGCCUAAGGUGGUCCUCCAGUGUCUCCCCACGCAGCACCUCCCUGUGGACUCUGACACGGACUCUGCUCCUGAGGAGGAUCAGGAGUUCGGGGUUGUGGAGCGGUUGCCUGAGGAGUCGAACAAACGUAAAGCAAUGGAGCAGAGAUCAGCAGACAAGAAGUUCUGCCCCAAUAGGAGGCAAGAGGACGUGGGUUCCCCCAAAGCCCCUGCUGCUUCACAGCUCCACCCUGAGAGGAGGAGCGAGGAGUGUCCACGUCCUGUAGAGGAUGUGCAGGCAUCAGAAUAUGGUCUGAAGGGAGGAGCUGUCAAGGAGCCGGAGGUGCAUUCUGGGACUCUUCCUCAGGAGGCCCUCUGCCCCAAUCCUGCGGUGGAGCUGGAGCCACAGAUUGGCCCCGAGGCGCUGGUCUGCCAUGAAGUGGACCUGGAUGAUCCGGACGAGAAGGAGAAGCCCGCCGCCUCCGCAGAGCACCUCCCGCUGGUGAUGAGGGAGCAGCAGCGAGCAGUGCCCUCACUGCCUCACCUCCUCCGUGCCCCCCUGCCCGCCCCCCACGCUUCUCCCCCUUCUCAGCCUCAGGUCAGGCCCUUCUUGCUAACAGCUGUCCCAAGCCCUGCCCCCUGCUCAGAGGAGCUCCAUCCAGUCAGAAGCACUGUCGAGGAGGAGGGGGCAGCCGCGAGGGGGGAGCAGGAGGGAGACUCCAGUCCUGGCUUUGAUGGCAGCGCUUCAUCCUCCACCUCUCUGCUGUCACUGCAGGAGAACAAGGACAGAGGUCAGAAGAGGGUGAUUGAUUGUAACUCCAGUCCAUCAGCCAAAAAGCAGAAACGUACCCAGAAGCGACCAAACACAUCUGGGAAGGUGGAAAAGAAUGGAGCAGGUCACAGCAGCGACAGCGAGGACCAGACUCGUCUUCUGUCUCUAACGAAGUCCCCGAAGACACGUUGUCCCAGUCUGUCGUCUCCGUCAUCUCACAGUAAAGACAAACUGAAGUUCCCUUCACCUCAGCGCACAUAUAAGUGGACCUUCCAGCUUGAUGAGUUGGACAGUAUGUCGAGCACAGAGAGGAUCUCAUUCCUGCAGGAGAAGCUGCAGGACAUCAGAAAAUACUACAUGAGCCUGAAGUCGGAAGUGGCGUCUAUCGACAGACGCAGGAAGAGACUCAAGAAGAAGGAGAGGGAGGUGUCAAAUACAACGGCGUCGACCUCGUCUGGCUCUUCAGACACUGGUAUGAGUCCGUCUUCGGUCUCGCCUGCUCAGAACACCGUCGCUGUGGAGUGCAGGUGAUGACAUGCCCAUACAGGCCCCGCCCACUUAAGUUUGGCCCCACCCUCUCCAGCCACAGGCGCCACUCCACCAGCUUUAACAGGGGGAAGGGAUAUACACAAAAAUUUACCCAUAAGGUAGAGGUGUGAGCUUUGAUCGAUAGGAUGCCUCACUCGCGUAAGAGGAGAAUGAGGGCACUGCCACCUGACCUUAGACCUGCCUCCUACUUGUGGACUGACUUCCUGUUUGAGGAAACAAAAUAUCGGUUCACUGUCUGUUCAGCCAUCAGAGCACUUCUUUCCUUUCUUUUUGCCUCUAUUGUGUCCUUAGUACUUCAAUUUAGCAUUUCCUGUUUUAAAAAUAGCGAUGGGGUCAGAGGUGACUGUGUAAAACCAGGGGUAGAGGGGGAAAAUCUCUGAAGCAGCAAAGCUCAGUGUGCAAAUUAUUACUUUUUUUUUUUUUUUUUUUUUUUUUACAAAAGUUUAAAAAAGGUUCUGGACUUCCUGCUGUGACAGUUUUCGUUUGCUCUUGUUUUUAUAUGAAGUAUGAGGUUUUUAUUUUGGUAAAAACAAAAAAACAAACUUUACGACAUCACAGCAGCACAGAAAAUGAAUGUUUGUAGAAAUAAAGUUUGUUUUGUGUAAAAAAAAUAAUUAAAAAAAGCUUCUACAGCUGUUUAAUAUUUAUGUUAGAAAGACAUUUGUGUUUUUAGUUUGGAAGAUCAGAACAAGCAGGAAAAAAAGCGUAGAGAAUGAGGAUAUAAUUGUGAAGAAACAAGUCAAUUUUAUAACUUAUGUUGAUCUAAACCAAAUUUAAUGAUUCAAUGUGGGGAAACAAUGAAUCUCAUCUAAAGCAUUAAUACUGAAAUAGACAUUUAAAUUAGUCACAUUAAUUACUAAAUUAAUUCUCCACUUUCACUCUGACUUUAUGGUUUUAGAUCUUUUUCACAUUGAAGGUUUAUUGUACCUUUUGAUGUAAAAUUACAGAUUCAUAACUUCAUAAAUUUCAUGUGGGUGUUUUUUGUUUUGUUUUUUUUAACUUCCCAGGACUUAUUUUAAUCAUUUUGGUUUCUGACUGAGCUGAUCUUCCAGAGGCAAGUCUCUGAGUUCUGUACUUAAAUUGCUGUAGGACAGUCGCUGCUGGGCGGUUGUCCCGACCCACAACUCUUGUGGUUUCCUCUGUUUCUGGCUCAGACUGUCAGCUGAUUUCUGCUCCUCAAUUUUUCUGUUUUGUACAUAAAAGCUCUGAGAAAAGAAUAAAGUCGCAUCAUGUAUUUGAGAUCUACAUUUUACACACCUGUAAAAAAUGAUUUAUAGUAUUUUUUAAAGAGAAAGCUGUUUGUACUGUUGUAUUAUGAAUUCCUGAGGUUUUUUUGGGUUAUGUUUCUUUUUCUUCUAUGUGGUUUGGGUUGAGACUAUAGGAGAGUGACGACUGUAAACAGACACACACCACCAAAACAGAAGCCAUGCUGGGACUGUGUGCACAAUAAGCAGAGCUCUGUUUCUAAUAAAGUUUUUAAAUAUG